AUGGCGAUGUCGGUCACGUCUUUGGUGGCUGUGCUUGUCGUGGCCGUUGUACUAUACAAAGGAGUCAUCUACCCAGCCUUUGUGUCGCCACUUGCCAAGAUCCCUAAUGCGCAUUGGAGUGCUCCCAUUUCGCCACUAUGGAUGCUUUGGAAACGAUUUCGGAUGCAGAACAACCGGACUAUUCAAGCUGCACAUGAAAAGCUUGGUCCGAUUGUCCGGCUUGGGCCAUCGGAGAUCUCCGUCAACUGCGUUGAUGGAGGCAUCAAGUCUGUGUAUACUGGUGGAUAUGAGAAGCAUGAGUGGUAUCCUCGUGUCUUUGGAUCACUUGACACCGUGAGCAUGUUCACGAUGGUCGGCACGAAGACCCACUCCACUCGCAAGAGAAUGAUGUCCAACAUCUAUUCCAAGUCUACGCUGCAGUCAUCACCUCAUCUUAGCAUUGUCUCUGAUGCCGUAAUCUAUGAUCGUCUUCUGCCGAUUAUUCAGGAGUCAGUGGAUGCUAAUGAGACCAUGGAUGUUCAUGAUCUGAACAUGGGACUUACCCUCGACUUCGUCUCUGGAUACCUCUUCGGCCUACGAAAUGGGACAAAUCAUUUACAGGAUCAUGCAUUCCGCAAGCACUGGCUGCACCUAUAUCUAUGCCGAAAGCCAUUCGAGUUCUACCACCAAGAAGCUCCCAACUUGGCUCCAUGGAUGAAAUGCAUUGGUCUCCGAAUUAUCCCGAAAUACUGCGACUCCGCCAACGCAAUGCUCGACGCCUGGGCUCUGGAUCUCUGCGCCAAAGCUGGUGACUCAAUCGACUCAACAGACCCAGCGUUUGAACCUAUUGUAUAUAAGCACCUGAAACAGGGUCUUGAUAAGCAGGCGUUGAAAGCAGGUAUUUUCAAACCAGAUCUCGUCGAGCAGCGGAAUGAAAUCGCCUGCGAAAUGUACGACCAACUCACAGCUGGAUUUGAGACAAGCGCCGUGGGAUUGACGUAUCUGUUCUGGCAACUGUCGAGGCACCCGGAGAUCCAAGAGAAGCUGCGUCAAGAACUAAUGACUCUCGACCCACCGAUCUCUUUCCCCAAAUCCAACGAGCUGCCCUCGGCGAAAUCAAUUGACUCCCUACCUCUUUUGGAAGCUAUUGUUACCGAGACACUGCGUCUUCAUGCACCGAUCCCUGGUAUUCAGCCUCGGGUAACGCCCGCGCCCUCUUGCUCGCUGGCGGGCUAUGACAACAUUCCGGCGAACACGCGAGUCAAUGCGCAGGCGUACUCAUUGCAUCGCAAUCCGGAGGUCUUCCCCAACCCAGAAUCAUGGGAGCCUAAACGAUGGUUGAAAGAAGAGAACUCGGCCGCCGAGCUCGAGGAAAGGCGCCGCUGGUUCUGGGCAUUUGGUAGUGGAGGACGGAUGUGCGUGGGCAGCAAUCUCGCUUUGCAAGAAACGAAAUUGGUGGCAGCUGCCAUCUACUCCAACUUCCGCACCACGAUCGUUGAUGAUACCGACAUCGAAGCCAUAGAUGCCUAUACCGUGCACCCCAAGGCCGAAAAGCUGAUUCUCAAGUUCCAUGCUGUUUAA